UUGGCGGUCCUGCGGGCGGCCCGCGGCGACAGGCGCGGCGGCGCGGCGGGCAGCAGCGGCCCUGGGGGCGGCCGGGCCUCCGGAGCAGGUCCCGGGCUGCCAUGGCCGCCGCCGGCUUGCGGGCCUUCGCGACGAGGGGGCCGGGCUGGCGCUGGCGCGGCCGGUGGGCGCCGCUGUCGGCGGGCGUCUGCAGCAGGUCGGAGCCCGGGGCGCGACCCACCAGCGCGCGGCAGCGGGACGGCAUCAGGAACAUUGUCCUAAGUGAUCCCAAGAAGAGGAAUGCGCUGUCAUUAGCAAUGCUGAAGUCUCUCCAGACUGACCUUCUUCACGAAGCUGAAAGCAAAGAUCUCAGAGUCAUUAUCAUUUCAGCUGAAGGACCUGUAUUUUCUUCUGGGCACGAUUUAAAGGAACUGACGGAUGAGCGAAGCCCAGAUUAUCAUGCCGAAGUAUUUCAGACCUGUUCUGAGGUCAUGAUGCUGAUCCAGAACCACCCAGUCCCCAUCAUCGCCAUGGUGAACGGCUUGGCCACCGCCGCCGGCUGUCAGCUGGUCGCCAGCUGUGACAUUGCCGUGGCAAGCGACAAGUCCUCUUUUGCCACUCCGGGUGUGAACAUCGGGCUCUUCUGUUCCACGCCUGGGGUGGCCUUGGGGAGAGCGGUACCGAGAAAGGUUGCCCUGGAAAUGCUCUUCACCGGGGAGCCCAUCUCUGCCCAGGAGGCCCUGCUCCACGGGCUGCUCAGCAAAGUGGUGCCAGCAGAGCAGCUGGAGGAAGAGACCAUGAGGAUCGCACGCAAGAUCGCCUCCUUGAGCCGUCGUGUGGUGUCUCUGGGCAAGGCCGCCUUCUACAGGCAGCUGCCCCAGGACCUUAGGACGGCCUACCACCUCACCUCCCAGACCAUGGUGGACAACGUGGCCCUGCAGGAUGGGCAGGAAGGAAUCAAAGCCUUCAUCCAGAAGAGAAAGCCCAUGUGGUCGCAGUGAGUGGCCUCAUCAGAGGAGGGGAGGGCGAGUGAGCCGCCACCCCAGCUUCCAAGGCCCAGACACUGCUGCUGCCUCAAGACUGUCUCGGGGCGGCCGGCGUCUCACAAAACUAGUGGUUUCCAUGUACGUGGGCCAUCGGAAAAGCCGUGAUCCCGCGGGGGCAGGGGGAGCUGGAGAAUCCAAUGCUGGCUAGCUGUGCUGGGAGGCCUGGUCCUCCAUCCGGUCCUCCAAGGGCUGUGAGGGAGGGAUCACCUGACCUGGGAGACGGUGGGGAUACCACGCAAGCUCUGCCUUCACAAGUGUCCCUAGAGGUGCCCAGGGGCGGCCACAUGUUUCAGAUCUCCCCAAGAUGUUCUCUGCGCUGAAAAUCUUCUCAAUUCUAUUUCUCAAUAGAAAUGGCCUUGGACUAAUCUGGUGUGAUUUUUUUUUUUUUAAGAUGAAAGAUUUAGAGGGACUGGUAAUGUUAUCUUUCCCCAACCAGACUGCAAGCUGUCCGGGGGGGGGGGGAAUCAUUGAACUCUUUGUGUGCCUGUACGUAUGGGCAUACACCAGGGUUCCUGUGAUGAACGUCCUGGCCCGUCCAAGAUCCUGAAACCGGGACCCUGGGCCCGACCUGAGGGAGCGACAGAGAACACCUGUUCUGCCCAUGAAACACCACCGGCUCUGGACCUGUUUCCAAGCUCUCCUCAGCCUCGGGCAGGCUGUACAAACCAGCCCCGGGCACUUGAGCUCCUCAUCUGAGCAGACGCGUGGAUUUAGGGCCAAAACCUGUUCCUCUCUGGCUUCUGGUCGAGCACGGCCCAGGACACGUUCUAAAUCCCUCGUCCUGGAGCUUUCCCAUAGGGCUUACUGUUUCUUAAAGCCAAUUUCUCUUCCCUCAGAGUAGAGUGUGGCCAUCAAUGUGAUCAGUAUCAAGAACUGAAACAGAAAAGCAUGUGGCUCUACCCCGUGGUCCUCACUGGGGGCUCGCACACGCCGCAAUGGAUGUCCCCUGGUGUUUCCACGGGUUUCUGUUGAGAUUGACAAUUUUUUGCUUGGCCUGAGUUUAGAAAGGUUCUUUGGUUUUUUUGUUUGUUUGUUUGUUUUUGUUUUUGUUUUUUAAAAGAGCGUUUUCUUGGAAGGAAGAGCUUGUGCUAAGAUGCUCAUCUUGUGCAGAGGUCAUCAGAGCUACCAUUUACCAGACACCUGCCAGGUGCCCUCUGCACAUUCUCAUUUCAUCCUCAGCAGACUCAGUGGAGCAGGUGCUACCAUCGACCCCAUCUUACAGAUGAGUCGCUGAGGCCCACUUCUGUGCUAGGUCAAACAGCUGACACUGGGUGGAGUGAGGGCUCCAAGCACUGUGCACCUGAAAAGCCACGGACACACUUGCCCCUGGCCAUACCGCCUCAUGGGAGAGCCUGGGCUGGUGGGAGGCCAGCCCCGGGCAGUGACUUCCCCGCUCUGCGGCAGCUUUCAGGACGAAGGAAUGGACCACAUGCUCUGUGCCACAGAACUCAGCGAGGGCCAGCGGAUUGGAGUACUGGCCGGCCACGAGUGGAGUUUUUACCACGAAGCUAAUAACAGGCUGGCUGAAGUUUAGACUAGACUGUGAAGGACUGCCUGGGCUGCCAUGGUCUGCCCCAGGACGCUGCUGCCCGUGGGGCUCCUGCUGAACCUUCCCACCCCAGCGGCCCGCUGUGGAAGUGCCUACUGACAGAUGACACGCCGAGGGGCAGAGGGUGAGAAAGUGACAAAGCCUUCUCACAUACACACGCGUGGCAAAUGAGAAUCAAAAGUUACUUCCCAGUUUCUGUGCGAGCAUGCAUUGUACCCCGAAACCGUGAAAUCCUUGGGGCUCUGGGCCGGCUUCCCAGCCUGAGGUGCACUCAGGGACCACCUAUAAAUCUUAAUCCUCAGCUGUGGAGAAGACAAUCCAGGAGGAAGAUCUGCCCCCCGCCCUCAUGUAAUUCAUCCUCAGGCAAAUAUAAAUUCCGGGUUCAUUUGCAUCCCUGCUCCCCUCCACCGAGACACCGAAUGAAAUUUUUCUGAUAAUCACACACGAUGAUUGCUUUUGGAAAGCCUAGUAUAUUUGUCUUUCCCUCUGUACCAAUUACUUCGCAGGGAGCUUCGCUGAGCUCUGCCCAGUGGACUGCAGCCCCGCAAGGCAGGUGCCGGGGUGACAGUGGACCAAGGACCCCUCCUGCUCGCUCUGCGUGAGAGGCCAUCCCAAAGGCUUGAGCCCUGCAGGAUGCAAGCAAAUGGAGUGAUGCCAACCCCCAGACUAGCUUUACACCAGUGAAUUUGGGGUGGUUGCCACCUAGGAACCAGUACUGAUUUAUGGAGCCGAUUCCUGCCAGGAGCCCUGUGAGUUAGCUCUUACUCCCGCCCUGGGUAGGAGACCCAGAGAAGUGAAGGCACUGGCUGCCGUCAAGCCUGUAUCUGGGUUCAGACCUGUAGGCCCCCGCAGUCUGUGCUCCUGACCACCACACGAUAUUCCUCCCAAAAGCUUGCUGUUCCCGCCUGGGGAGACCAUGCAUGUGCUCAAGAGGAAUCAAUCAGAAACUCCUGCUGGGCGCCUGGGUGGCUCAGUCAGUUGAGUGUGUGCCUUCAGCUCAGGUCAUAAUCCUGGAGUCCCGGGAUCGAGGCCCACAUCGGGCUCAGCAUGGUGGGGGGGGGGGUCUGCUUCUCCCUCUUCACUGCCCCCCUCGUGCUCUCUCACUCUGUCUCUCUCAAAUAAAUUAUCUUAAAGGAAAAAAAAAGAAAUGCCACAGCCAAGGCGGCACGGUUUUGCUUACCGCAGGAGAUUGGGGGAAAGCAGGGACCUGAACACCAAGAACGCCGCCUUCUGCUUCCAGGUUGCAGGUGAUGCCACUCCUUUCACUGCCCAGCUGCUCUGUCUGUAAAAAUGAUGCCAGUGGACUCUUCUUGUCCUUAGUGGUGACGUUCCAGGCUCUGCAAUACUGGGAUUUGGGAACUUGCCUCGGAACUUGAAACAGGGCUUUUGCUCAAAGGAAAAGCUCUUUUACAAAUGGAGAAGGUGAGCGUUCCACCUGGAGAAGCAGCAACCAUCGCAAACAGCUGAGCACGUUUGAGACCGAGGAAUCCAUCACAGAUACUCAGAGCUUCUGCGGCCGCGUCUGCACCUUUGGGAGGUGUCCCCUACGAGAAAGCCUGGGCCCGGGGCACAUCUCUUUCAAAUCUGGCAGUUACCCUUCAUUUUGUCUAGGCGCAUUAUUCAGCCAGCAAGCCACCCCCCUUCCCCACCCACCCCCUUUCAUCUCCUUCCUCUGAAAAGCCCCCACACUAAAGAGUAGCAUUUCCCAGGUGUGGCCCGUGGGUGACCUGGAUCGUCAAAGGCAGAUUCCUGGGCUCCUCACCAGAGCUACUGAAUCACAAAUUCAGAUUUCUGAGGCCCAAAAAUAUGCAUUAAGAAAAAAAAGGUUUCCAAGUGACUCUGCUGUGUUCUAAAAUGUAUGAACGCCUGCACUGGGGUGGAAGUGACCCAUCCUUGUCCAGCCAUAUCCGUAUUAUCCAGUUGAGCCAGCGCAGCUUUUACGAUGAGGAUGUGGGCAGUCACUACUGGCUCGGACAGGAAUGUGAGGCUUGAGCUCUUCCAGAAGCCUCGUGCCAUCCUCCCCGCGUGCAGAUCGUAAGGCCUUCAGAGGCCCCGGGUGCUCAUGCCUCCGGAUGCCCCACCCCAUCUCACGUGAAACCUCAGAAUACACCCGUGUUCCACACUGAAUGUAAUUCUUCUAUGUAGGGAAAGGAGCCCAAUGAUUGGCUUUUUAAAUCAUUUUUAAAUAUGUGAUUAAUGAUUAUGAUUUCUUGGCAAUCAUCGAGUACUCAGGAGUUAAAUUCAACAUUAUUGCCUUGACGUGUUACAGUUAAUAAAAUAUUAAAUUUCA